CGGGAUGCUAAAGGACAGUAUCUGUUCGACCUCAUCUGCCACCACCUGAAUCUGCUGGAGAAGGACUACUUUGGCAUCAGAUAUGUGGACCCAGACAAGCAGCGGGUGAGUGUGUGUGUGUGUGUGUGUGUGUGUCUGUGUUGGAUAAAGCAUACUGCAGUAGAGGUGACAGUUCAAAGAGAUACAGGGCCAGAUUUAAGAUUUAUGUUAUUAUAUUUAUUUCAUAACACACGCUUUUAGAGAGACACUCAUACAAUCAUCCUCAUCAGCAGCAGCAGAGGACAGAGGGUUAUUACUUUCUCUCAGAGAUGGCUUGUAGCUGCACUGCUUGAUUCAUAAAGAAUUAACAUGUGCUCAGAGUGUGUGUUUUAGCCACAGAGACAAGACAAGUCCUGCUGAUCCUGCAUUUCCUAUGCUGCCACUCAGGGCUAUUUCAGUAGUUGUUGUUGUAGUGAGGGGUUGGCGUAGAGAGGGAAUUGAUGGAGUGAAUGUUCCCAGAAGGACGGGGGAUGAAUCAGGGCCUGAUAUACUGGCAAAACCAGAGUUACCUUCAGAAAUGAGCCUAGAGAGCACUGCCACAGCACAGUGCCUGCCUGUCUGCCUGCCUGCCUGCCUGCCUGUCUGCCUGUCUGCCUGCCUGUCUGCCUGUCUGCCUGUCUAGGCAGGCCCAGGCAUACUGGUGGUGUAGUAUUAUAAUUUGAAAGACCAUCCAUUACUGUCAUUUAUAGAGAGAGCGGUUAUCUCUGUAUGCCCUUACUGUUCAAUUUGCUUCAGUAUGAUGAUGAUGAUUUAAUUAUACAAAUCAGGAACUAAUAGCAUGAAUUAUGAUUCUUGUCAGAUUAGAGAUGGAUGUUGGAUCUGAACAGAGAGAUGUCAGUGUGUUUUAGGCGUGAAGCUGACAUGACAUAACACAGGCUUUCACAUGUCUUUCAGUGAACUGUCAUUCCUGUCUAUUGCAUUUAACCUGCUUCGUAGAGCGAUGUAGAGUGAUAUGAGAUUGGUUUCAGCGUUGUAGCAGGAUUUUCAGACAUGUUUCACUUUUGUCACACUUUGAUCAUAUGUCUUUUUGUUGUUGAUGCAGCAUUGGUUGGAGGUCACAAAGUGUAUUGCCAAGCAGAUGAAAUGUAAGUAUUUAGUGUCUUCCUCUUCACGCUAUGAUCAUUCUGCUAAUUGAGCAAUUAUAGUUAUCAUCACCAUGGCAUCUCUAAUGAUGCAUAAUCUAAUUUGACUAAUGAAUGUGCAUUUGAAUACAAAUGGUAGGAAGUUACUGUAUUAGGAUUUCAAUAGAUCAAGAUUCUCCAUUUGACAGUAAGGACAGAACUGUAUGAACCUCAUGAAAACUCACAUAAAUCCUAGCAGAAGAUAAUCCACACAAAAAGUCUCUCACCCACUCUCUUGUCUUUGCAAAUCAUCAUGAACUGUGUCUCCCUAAUUGUGGAUACAGAGCUUAAAGGGAAAAUCCAGUCAACAUCUAUCUAUUUUUUUAUUUUAUUUUCAUUAGUCCACUGUUGAUAUAGUCCCAACAUGUUUUUCAUGUCAACAGUCAAGUUUUCAAGAUAUUGUACUUUCAAGAAGCAAAGUGUCAUCGGCCACAUCAUCAUGAUGAUGCAAAAUGAUUUUCCCUUUAAGUGAGAUUCCAUUAGCCUAAUCUACUGUAUACUGUGUGAUGAUAUGAAGUAAAGAUCGAAGCAAAUUUUCAUUUGUCAGUGCCCCCUUCACAGAUUGCUUAAUUCAUGGGUGUUGUUUAAAUUGACUAGCCAUUUUAAAUUCUAACUCCAUAGUGUCUGAAUCAAACACAGGUCAGGUUAGCACUAUGCUAGACACUUUUGCAAGGUGGUGCAUUUAGAGCAUUUUUUCAGUUAAUCAUUUGAACUGUGACCAUGAAAUGUUCCUGACUAUUUGGUUCUCCAUUGCCUUUGUUCCCCAGCCCAGCCGCCGUUCACCAUGUGUCUCAGAGUCAAGUUUUACCCCCCUGACCCCGCUGCUCUCAAAGAGGAAAUCACCAGGUAGGACUUUGGGAUUCUCAGCAAAGUAGAGAAAUGCCAACAAGCACUCCCCUCUGGGCUCCUCUAGUAUACAGAGGAAGUCAGGGAAAGCAGACAUGAAAGCUUUGUGUAUAAAAAUCUCCAAUAACUUUUGCCUUUUCAAAAGCAGUUUCAAAGCAGCCUCUGUUGUUAUCACUUUCUUUCACACUUUUCUUUUUCUCCAGAAAUGUUUGCGUGCUGAAUGCACAGACAGUAUUUUUUUCCAGACAUUAUUGAAGGGCCUCCAUAAUAAAAGAUUUCAGAGCACGUUGUGUCUAAAAACAGUGCAAUAAAUAUUAAAAAAAGACAGUGUUGUUUGAAGUUGAGAUGUAUGUAAAAAGCCUAAGUAAGCUGGCUAGCGAGCCUGCUCUCUGAAGUAGAAUGGCUGCUAAAUUGCAAGGCUCUGUAGCGGUGUUCUGCGUUGGUCUCUUUGGCUGGCUGACUUCUGAGGGAAGGAGGAGGACUGAGGGUCAAUGACGGCUAGCAGACUCCUCUAAAUGAUACAUGAUUAGCUUCCAGCUAGCUCAGAUUUGAAUCACUUAUGCACAUUUCUUGGCCUGACUCUCAUCCCCUGUGCAGUCUGCAAUGAGGUCACCCAGAAAAGCCUCUCUGUGCCCUCAAUAGGGCCUCUGAUACACUCUGAUUUCUACCACCUGAUGAUGACAUUAAAGAAGCAAGUACAUAUGCAAUUGAGUAUGAGUGUGUUUGCUUAUGUCUGUUACAAUGUGUGUAUGUGUUGAAAGGAGGCACACACACCUAGCCUGUUUGUAUCAGGUGUUUGACAUCUCAUAUUCUUUACCGUCCAGGGAGUCUACACUUAGGUGUGAUGAAAUGAAUGCAGAGUGCAGAUAAUGAAUUGUGUGAAUUAUGAAUGGAUGGGGAGGAGGGGAGAAGGAGAGUGAAGGCUGAGGAAAAGAGAAAUCUAGAGAGUGAGAGAUAUGAUGAGAGUGGUAGGGCAGGAUAGACCACCUCAUACCAGAGAGAGGAAGGUUAAAGGAGAGUAAAUAAUCAAUGACACAGAAGUUUUCUUCAAUAUAGUUUCCUCAUGAAUCAAAUACUGAACGGAUACUGUAGAAUAUUAUGGCACAAUGGCUAGACCAGGGAAGAGGAUAGAGAUGGGUCAAAUAUUCAUUUAAAUUCACAGCUGUCCUUCACCAAAUCUACCGACAGCAGAGAUGGCAAAGGCAAGCAGAUGAAAAGAGAAAAGAAAUGUAGGGCAGACGAUUGAAGCAUACAGCAUCAGCCAUUUAACUGGAGUCACCCAAAGAGAGAAUGGGAAAUUGCUUUUUUAACACCUAUGGCUCCUUAAGUGACAUACUUUUAGCUGUUGUGGAGCUGGCCUAGAUGGCAAAAUUACAGCCGAGGAUACGUAUAUUCUUAGUAUUCACAUGCAUGGGUUCUCCUGGGUUCAUUUUGGUGUUGGUUGUGGGAAGUUGGUGUCAGGGGAAUCUGGGGUCCGUUGGGUCGUUUCUCCCACUGUUUCUAUCGCGUGUUACAUUCACUUUCAGAAUCAAUAAAUGGGCAAUCCUGUACAGUAACCAUUGGUAACACAUGCAUUGUUCCAGGUGUUAGUCUGUCUGCAGCCAGUGUAGCUGCUGUAUCUGUCAGGCAGUGCUGCUGCGUUCUGGGAUGCUCUGGUCUUGUCUGGAUUCUAAUCUGGAGGCUUGAACAGAAACACAGUCAGUCAACAAUAGCAGCAGUUUGCCUCAGGGCAUCCCCUACCAAACCCUGUCCCCAACACUCAUAUUCAAAGAAACAUUUUUUACAUUCUUUUGAGAUUUAUCUGUGGCGAUGUCUUGCCAUGAUAUUUUUUGCAGUAGAUCUAAAAAUAAGUGUGGCCUGUAAUAUUGAUGAAUCUCAUUAAAGUAGACGGUGACUGAGAUCCAUGACCUCUGACCUUCUUCCCCCACUCUGUUCUGGUCCCAGAUAUUUAGUCUUCCUGCAGAUCAAGAGAGAUCUGUAUCACGGCCGCCUCCUGUGUAAGACGACGGAUGCUGCCAUGCUGGCUGCCUUCAUCCUGCAAGGUACAGUGACAGGACCUGACAGGCUGGAUUUGCCUGCCCCACUCUCUGCACUUUCACAUGACUUCUUCUCUGCCAGUCACCCCACCAUAGAGAUGAAUACCAGCCGGGGAAAAAACACCUGGAUUUCUUAUAAGGAUGUAGUUAUCAGUUUGUAACGCAAAUUAUAUGCCCUGAGGGAUUCUUAGCUCCGUAUUGACUGAUCUCUACUGUAUACUAAAAAGCAUCAAAUUAAAAUGUUCAUGCAGACAACACGUGCAUCUCCAUACUAAUUUACACUGUAAAACCAUAGCUGACAAAGAAAGAUGGGACAGCUGAUCAAUGCUUUGAAUGCAUAAUCAUGUGGAUGUCAUGCUAGAUUGUAAGGCCCUCUGCAUGAUUAUCAGGCAUCUUGCUCUCAGCAGUAUCGUUAGCUAUAUAAGUAUGGAGCUCACACGCAGUAGACCCUCGAGAGGCAGGCAGGCAGGCUGUAUGUUUGAGGGGUACGGCGAGCGAGCCAAAGGCCGCAGAAAGUGCAGUGUUAGGAGGAAGAGAAGGCAGGUCCCUUGGCAGGCGCACUGGCUCUGUUCAGGAGGAGGGGCUGCCUGGUCACCUCCUCGUCCUCGCUCGCUGGGGGAAAUAAUUGUCAGAGGGAGCUCAGUGUGGCAUGAAGUCACAAAUAAACAAUAGCAACUCUGGGCCAGUUUAACCUGUCAUCAUUAAGAGCUCUGCUGACAUACAGCACAGGCUGCCUGUGAACCAACAACACCUCGGGCCAGGGUGCCAGUAGUGUGUGUGUGUAGAACUGUGUAAAUACUCACCUUAGCCCUAAUAAUUAUUGUUUAACAGUUCACACUUCAUCUGAAGUUAUUUAUUUACUGCAAACUGAGAUUCUGUAUCCACUUUUUAAAAAUGAUUUAUUGUAUGGAAUGAUGUUGUGGAUGUCAGAUAUAUUACUGAAUGUACUGUAUGUAACCAUGUAUGGUUUGACUGUGGUGCUGUGAAAUGGUAGAUCAUUUUUAUUAACUGUGUUCCAGCUGAGAUUGGGGACUAUGACCCUGGGAAGCAUCCUGAAGGAUACAGUUCUAAAUUCCAGUUCUUCCCAAAACAUUCAGAGAAGCUGGAGCGACGAAUCUCAGACAUACACAAGACAGAACUGAUGUAAGGACCAAUCUACUUUUUCUCUCUAACCUCUCACAUAUGCGUGCAUGUUUAUGCACACACACUGCACCUAUAAGAUUAAUCAAUUUGACUGAGAAAGCACUUACUACCAUUGUGCGAUUGCUUAUUGUCUAGGAAACUAGUUCCUUCACCCUCUUCUCAAACAUUUGUUUAAUCAAUUGGAAAACCUUCUAAUACCUGCAACUAGCAGAAACAGCCAGGUAGACUGCCUAAUGGCCCGCUGUCAUUUCAGGGUGUUGUAGAGAGCAGAGGCAAGAUGGUGGGAUUUUCUUGAGUGCAAAAACGACCUUUCAUUAGUACAGUCAUGAUUAUGAGGGUCUGGCAGGGAGUGCAGUGCAAUACACCUAAUGAAGUGAGAUAGGGUAGUGUGUGCACAUACAAACACGCAAACGCACACACACACACACACACUCAAACACACUACUUUCUCUGCCAGCAGGUUAGCUGAUGAAGCAUCACUGAGGGUUUCUUAAUGAUGAUACACCCCACUGGGCACAAACUGGUUAAAUCAUCGGUGUUUCAACGUAAUUUGUCAACGUAUUGUGACAUGGAAUCUAUGUGGAACAUUUUUUGGAUUUGAAAAAAGUAAUCAGCGUAAAUUGUUGUUUUGUGGGUGAAAUUUCAACCACAGGCUUAUGUAAUCAUGGUAACUAAUUUUCAACGUAGACAAAACUUGUAUAAAAUAUGUUGCAUUUUUACCUUUGAAACAACGUCUGAUUUUCAACAUAAUAUCCACUGUAAGGAGAAAAAAACAAUAGGCUGGGCAGCACCUCCUACUGGAGAGUAGAUCUAUCUACAGCUAUCCCUUCGGUCUCCCAUCCAGGGUUUUAGCCCUUGCUUAGCUUUAUUUGUCACUGACUAUUGCCAAUGUGCUAUCCUGAGAAUGAUUGUUGAGAAAUCUCCACUUAAUAGAUUCACUGUUUCUAUCGAAGUCAUUCCAAAGGGUAUGUUCAAUAGAGCAAAUGAAAUGUAACCAUACUUUAUCAAUCAUACAGUAUAUCAUCAAUGAUGCUAUUUAAGCCUAUAUAGCAGUUGGGAAAUCAUCAAUAGCUGAUGUUUAAAUUCAGCCCAGGAUUCAACAAAAAAUAGACAAUACAUAUAGGCCUAGGGUUUCAAACUUUGAUUUCAAAUGGAAUCUUCAAGUCAAUAAUAAAUAUGUUCGAUUCACAUUUCCAUCUUAACCAAAAAUAAAAGUUAAAGAAUAGGAUCAAAUCAAACUGUAUUUAAAGUGCAUUUAAAGUUUGAUUUUAUUUAGUCCUAUACUUUAACUUAAGAUUUUUGGUUAAAAUCUUGUCGACAAGUUAACAAAUUAUCUGUUGGAUUCACGUCUCCAUCGCAACCAAAAAUAAAAGUUAAAGAAUAGGAUUAAGCCAGUGGCUCAGAUGAAACUAUCCAAGCAGUAGAUACAUCUCCUUUAAAUGUUGAUAUUUGGUUGUGUUGUCAACCAAACACAAUUCAAUAUUACUUGUGUAAUACAGUAAAUAGCCUAAAGUUAAGGCUAUCUUACAAACUAAUGUAACAGUAUUUGUUCAACCUUAAAAUGAGUAACACAUCCAUGGUUACUGUAACAAUAAAUGUCUUCUUAUGUAAUCAUAGAAAGCGUGCAUGUUCAGGGUUGCAGGUAUGUUGAAAUCUUCACAAUUGCUAAAAUUAUCUGCACAGAAUCUCAAAUGGCAUUGAUCAUUUGCACCAUGUCCUUUAAUGUAAUCUCAACUAACUGCAAUUCAGGUUAUUUGGUUGUGCUAUUAGAUCAAGCACAGUGAUAGCACAUUAAGUUGUUAUAUAAAUAAACAAAAUAUCUGACGUAUUCCCAUUUUGAACAUUGGUGUGCUUUUAAAUGGUUGAAAGCUCAGUGAUAACAGAAUUCAACAGACUUUUGGCUCUUUUUGAGUGGGUAAAAAUAGGUUGGAAUCUCAUUGAUCAACGUAUCUACCAAAUAUUACCCAAUUCUCCACAUUGAAAUGACAUGGUGUGCCCAGUGGGACAGGCUGUGACAGACACUUCUCAACAUUGAUCCUUCACACUCACCCUCAGGCCUCUAAAGGUCAUGUGAUUGAGGCCACAUGGAUAAUGGUUUAGCCAUAAUGUCUGAGCUAUUUAUCUUCCCACAAGGCACUUCUUUGUUUAAACCAUAAUUAGUGUGAGAUAAUGUGCUCUACAGAAAUUAAAGACAUUGAAACAUGGAUCAGCCAUUUUCACAUUAGCUCAGAGGUGAUUUGAAGGUUCUUUAAUGUUGGUUGCCAUUACGGAGUGCUUUGUCUAGUGACCCAGCUCAGUGAACUGGUCAUGGCCAUGGGACAUACUGUAUACUGUGGACAGCAUGGAGGAUGUGACUGACCAAAGGAGUGUAGUCAGAGGUUCAUAGAUAAAGGAGCUGUAAAAUGAUCAUUAUAGAUAAGAUCCUCUGCUGCCCUCUAGUGGGUUGUUCACGUCUCACCACCAACAUAACACCUGUCAACACGCCUAGCUGUGUGAUCAUGGAAAAUAUCCUUGGAUCUUUUGAAUGCACCAGUAAUUCAAGCCUAUAGUGUCAGAGGCAUCUCUUCAUGUUUUUUCCAUUGAUUGUGAUGGAGGUCAGGCUGAUGCUCACGUUACUCCAUUGCUAUUGAAUGUUGAAUGGUUGGUGCUUGAUUAAAUGUUCAUUGGUAAAGGUACUGUAUCUAGGAUGGUUGAUACACUAUCUGUCUGUCUGGCCAUCUAUUCAGAUCUCUCUGGUCUAUUCAGCAUCCUGCCAGCUCACUCUGGUGAUCACUCCUCUGUGUAAGGGAAAGAGUUUUGUCUCAGUUAAUAUUAUUUAUGCAUUUUACCUUUGCUUCUUUCUUUUCAUAGACCUGUAUUGAUGUUAAGUAUCUUAAUCAUACAUUGAUGCCAAAUGUAUUGAUGCUCUCUCUCAGUGGCCAGACACCUGAAACAUCGGAGCUGAAUUUUCUCCAGAAAGCCCAGAUGCUGGAGACAUAUGGUGUGGAUCCUCAUCCAUGCAAGGUUGGGGUGGCCAAUUCUCACACACUGCUGCUUCAGUUUAAGACAUUUGCAUUUAAACACCCUAUUUUCCUCUACCUCAGCUUUGUGUAUUUGAUACAGGUAUUAUAGUAGGCUUAUUGUGUUGUGCCAUAACAAUGUGAGACACUGUUUUUUGUGUAUGACAGGAUGUGUCUGGAAAUCCAGCCUUUCUUGCCUUCACCCCGUUUGGAUUUGUCGUGCUUCAGGGAAACAAGAGGGUUCAUUUUCUUAAGUGGUGAGUAGAAUGAUUUCUGCUCUAACCCUAAACCACAUACCACUGCUGGUUCUACAUUCACAAUCAACAGAGUGUGUCCAGCGGCCUCUCUCCUCCUGACCAGAGGGCUAGCAUGCAUACAGGUGUCCCAUUAUCUUAGCUAGUCACUACCAUUCUAGGCAUAUGAUUCCACAGGCCUGUCUGUUAGAAAUCAACUUGUUUACAGAUUGAAUGCAUAAGAAAAGUACAUGUUCUCAAUCACAACAAAGAAUUGAUCAUGCAUGCAGCAGUGGCUGUAAGAAUCCUCAAAGACAUACAUGGAUCAGUGCUGCUGUAACAUACUAUUCAAUACAGCCCCUCUCAUUAAGCCAGUAGCCCACUAUAUUGGGUCUGUAAUAGUUAAAUAUGAGUUAGAUAUUCACUCCUGAUAUAGAAAUCCCACCACCCAAUUCAGUACAAUAUGUCUGUAAUACUUACAAAGUAGACAAUGUGGAUGUUACAAUAUGUUACAGUAUUUACAGCUGAUUUGUUAGUUUUAUUUUACCUUCUGCACAUUCUCCCAUCCCAUGCCUCCAGUUUACCUGGCCUAUUAUCAGAUAUGUGUUCUGUUAACCAAACAUGGAGCUCCAUUGCUGUUUGUGUGAUCUGCUAGUGGUUGUGAUGAAUUUUUAAAGAGCUUGUGGCUCUCAGUGCAGUUGGUUGUGUGUGUAACUAUCCCCUUCCUUGUGGGCAGGAACGAGGUGACCAAACUGAAGUUCGAGGGAAAGAUAUUCCAUAUAUAUGCAAAUCAGAAGGAGGUGAGAGCAUGAAUUAUUGAUGUGUUGGGGGAGUCAAGCAUAGAGAGCAGUGCAGCGACUGUGACUGUUCUAUGGACAACAGGGCCUGGAGAUACCAUGUUCUAGUCAUACCACAGCCCAGUGUGUUCAAUAAACAGCAGUAGUAAUAGUAAUGACUCUUGACUCUUGAAACUGAGAAACUGUCAGGUUGUUUUAUUUUCCUGCACAUUUAUUUCUAAUGUGCAGGACAAAAAGAUAAUAUUGACGUACUUUGCACCAACACCUGAGGCCUGCAAGCACCUGUGGAAAUGUGGAGUGGAGAACCAAGCCUUCUACAAGUAAGUGUUGUUCUUCCUCUAUCCAGGCUCUGUCGCAGCCGGCCGCGACCGGGAGACUCAUGGGCGGCGCACAAUUGGCCCAGCGUCGUCCAGGGUAGGGGAGGGAAUGGCCGGCAGGGAUGUAGCUCAGUUGAUAGAGCAUGGCGUUUGCAACGCCAGGGUUGUGGGUUCGAUUCCCAUGGGGGGCCAGUAUUUAAAAAAAUAAACUGUAAGUCGCUCUGGAUAAGAGCGUCUGCUAAAUGACAAAAAUGUAGAUGUAAAUGUAAGUCAUAGCUAUACACUUUACUCCAGUGCAUCUGUGAGAGUUAUCUAAAGGGGUCUCUCCUCUCCUCUCACCUUGAAGUGUCCUGAGAGCAGCGUUGACAGGCUGUAUCUCAGAUAGGGAACAAGACGUGUGGCAACGGUGACCUUUUUUGAGUUAGUGUGCACUGGGACACGCCAUUGAACACUCCACAGCUCCUCCAGAGAAAUCAGUGCUCCUUCCGUCUCAGCCAUGAUUGAUUGUGUGUGUGUGUCCCCCCCCCUCCCACCUCUGGGAGGUGUUAAACGAUCCCCACCCCCUGCAACACAUCAACACAAUGACCGGAGAGAGUCUAGUAAUGGAUGAGGGUGACAGCAAAGGUUGCUGAGGAGCAUGUGUGUUGAGCGAGUGCUCAGGUGAGACCGAGAAAGGGGGAGGGAGGAGGGGGGAGGGAAAGGGCAAACGUAGGGCAGCAAACAGCACACACAGAGAUGGAAUUAGUAUGAUGAGAUAUCUGGCUAUAGGGCUGUAGAUCUUAGUAGGGACUGGUGGAUUUUCAGGGACGCCUGGCUGAUUGGCCCAAAGCUUUAUACUGCUGUAAUGAUAGACAUCUGUCUGUGUGUGCUAAAUCCCACAGAAACAGACUGAUGGAUAAAUACACACCAAGCCAAGGCUCGUGCAAGGCUACUUACUUACAUACUGCAUGCACACCUCUCCCAGGAUCUAGUGUGUUGGUUUUCAGUCCAAGCUGUGCUUAGAGAACCACACACUGUGGAUACCAUAUAAGAGGGCAGGGAUAAAGUAGCCCAUUGUAUGUACUGAAAGUGAGAACAGCAAAGUGAGAACUGGUUGUGAUGCUGUAGGAGGGAGAAGAGGACCAGUCCACAUACUCCCUUAACCUUUUACUGCAGUGGGCUAAAUCAGGGUCACACGGAGUGUUUCUUGGUAGUCUUAAACAAAUCUACUUUGAAACCAAAGUAUACACCUCACACACAUGGUUAAGGGCUUUAAAAAUAUAUAUAGAGUUUAAAUAUAUUCAAUUUUGAGUUUGCAUCCCAAUAUUACACUUUAUAUACAGUGCAUUCGGAAAGUAUUCAGACCCCUUGACUUUUUCCACAUUUUGUUAUGUUACAACCUUAUUCUAAAAUUGAUACAAUUGUUCCCCCCCCUCAUCAAUCAACACACAAUACCCCUUAAUGACAAAGCAAAAAUAGGUUUUUAGACAUUUUUGCAGAUUUAUAAAAAAUAAAAAACAGAAAGACCUUAUUUACAUAAGUAUUCAGACCCUUUACUCAGUACUUUGUUGAAGCACCUUUGACAGCGAUUACAGCCUUGAGUCUUCUUGGGUAUGACGCUACAUGCUUGGCACACGUGUAUUUGGGGAGUUGCUCUCAUUCCUCUCUGCAGAUCCUCUCAAGCUCUGUCAUGUUGGAUUGGGAGUGUUGCUGCAGAAACAUCUCAAGGAUGAUCAAUGGAAACAGGAUGCACCUGAGCUCAAUUUCGAGUCUAAUUGCAAAGGGUCUGAAUACUUAUGUAAAUAAGGUAUUUCUGUUUUCGCUUUGGCAUUAUGGUGUAUUGUGUGUAGAUUGCUGAGGAUUUUUAUUUAUUUAAUCAAUUUUAGAAUAAGGCUGUAACGUAACAAAAUUUGGAAAAAGUCAAGGGGUAUGAAUACUUUCCGAAGGCACUGUACAUCACAGAAGACUGAAAUAUAACAAAACCGUUUGACAUAAAAACACCAGAUUUUUGGCAGUAAAAAAAAAGAAAUGUUUAUUGAUUAUGAAAUUAUAAAAGAUAUAACAUUCCACUCAUGAGGCCACUAGUAAUUUGACUGCAGGAAAGGGCUAUUACGUAAAGAAAAGUGUUAAAAGUAUUAUGUCAUCCCAAAACAGCUCCCAGAGUUCACCCCUCUUCUCUCUCCUGGUUUUUUUCUCCACCUCUCUUCCCCUCCAUCAGGCUGGAGAAGUCGAGUCAGGUACGGACAGUGUCCAGCAGCAACCUGUUCUUCAAGGGGAGUCGUUUCCGCUACAGGUACAGUAAAUGAUGACAGUGAGUAAAGGGCACUGCAGAUAGCCCACAGCUAUGCUGGAGAGCUUCUCCCUAAGGAGGGGACCUCAGGGCCCUGCUGUAACGUCAGCCUUCUUUACCUGAGCAAUACACCUCACACACUAGGCUAGAGGACACGGAGGGGGACAGUGUUUUAGUUGCGUUCAGAACAAUGUUCCAACAUUAAUUUAAAAUUACUGGUUCUAGUUACUGGAAAUCUGAACUUUCUAAUGGUUUCAAACGAUUACAGGUGAGUCCAGUAUGUUAUGAUGAAAGGUUGAGUUUGUUUCAACCUCUGGUAUUUAUUUUUGACAUUGCAGUGUUGACUGGAGACGGUGAUUGGGUUAGAGGGAGUUGGGUUCACCAUGUUAAUCUAAUCUCAGUUCUCAUGUACUGUACUGAUGCUUCUCACUGAACUACUCUCAGUGUAAUGUGUGGUACCAGGGAGUCUGGGGUCUGAUGUGAGUGUGUAAGCCUGAGCUCUAUUAUUGUGCUUUAUUGUAGUGGACGAGUUGCGAAAGAAGUGAUGGAGCAGAGUGCCAAAAUCAAACGAGAGCCUCCAGAAAUACACAGGUAAAAUCAAUGCUAUUCACUAGAUGUCAUUGUGGACAGUGUAUAAUCUCAGAUUACAAAUAUGGAAUGUUUGUGUGUGUGUGUGUGUAUGUGUGCUUCUGUAUGUGCGUGCUUGUGUGUGUGUGUGUGUGUACAUGUGCAUGUUCUGUGUCUCCACAGGGCUGGCCUGGUUCCCAGUAGAAGCUGUCCGUCCAUCACUCACGGCCCGCGCCUCACCAGUGUUCCACGCACCCGCCGGAGAGCCGUCCACAUAUCCAUCAUGGAGGGUAAGCGUUGGACCUGACCCCUGACCCACUACUCCCCUCAGUCAACACUGGCGUUCCAUAACAAUCCAUAACAAUCCCCCCAGUCAUGUUAUGGGCAAAGGUGAAUCAUUGUCCAAUAAGAGCCUUCAGGAAUGUGGACAGGAGUGACACAGCUCUAUAUCGUUGUCUGUAUUCAAAUGAACACAUGCACGGUAAUCUGGAUAGUUGUGGAAAUGGGUCGCCAUGCUUUAGUUUGGGUCUGAGGUUUUAAAGGUAAUCUGUGGAUAAUUCAAUGGAGGGUGUUAAAUCCAAACCGUUUUAAAUGGAUCAGGUCCUUGCUCCUAUUUGGAAAUAUUUUAUGCCCCCCCUCCCCAGAACACACACACACAUACACACACUAUAACCUGAGUUUAGCCAUGCCCCUGCUUGUGGGAGUGGAGGGCUCAGUCACAGGUGUGUGUGUCACUCAGGCUGCUUUAUUUCAGUGCGAGCUAUCAGCACUGGGGGUGUGUGUGUGAGAGGGGUACAGUGCCAGUACAAGGGCAGCUGGUGCAGCCGUCAGUCAGUCCACCUGCCCUGAACCCUGAACCCUGGGGCCUGAACCCUGAACCCUGGGGCCUGGGCCUGCAGGUGGGCCUGCCCUGCUCCUCCACUCUCACACUGUGUUCUGACCUGCCUCUGUCCUCUGUCCCUGAGGCUAACUUUGCAGGCUGACACUGCAGCAUGGGCUCGGGUGAACAGGAGCAGCAUGACUGAAGGUCACUGGUACCUGUCCUUGUCACAGCUGAGUCCCUGCCUGCCUCCCAAGUACACAGUACAGUAUAUACACUUGGCUAUACACUAGACUGCUGCAGUGGGGUGGAGAGUGUGAGUGAGAGGGUCUGGUGCUGUAUAUAUCAGAGUUAUGACAAGCUCUAACCCGUCAAACGUUACCCCCUGCCUGUGCUGACUGGGUGUCUUACAGUAGUAUUAAUACCCCUGCUGAAAAUAGCCAGGGCCUUCCUCUCCAUGUAUGUCACUGCCCUGGGUGGGGCCUGGACAGGGCCAGCUCUGGCCGUCUGAACACUGCUACAGCAGGACAGUUGCUCUCGCUAACCCUCAUACUGCCAGCCAAGUCUGCAGCAAUUGGCCUAACACACAAAGCGAGACCAACGCAUCGCCGGGGCUCUGGGACAGGGACCACCAGGAUAGUACACAGACGUGCCUGCUUUGAGCUUUUGAAGACACCACCAUGGUGAAGUGUCUGAUCCGCAUCACCACACGGGUGAACGUCCACCUGCGGAUGAUCAACCACUGCUACCGGGAUGUGAAGGUGCGCGUGCUGAGCCUGGGGCCCCGGAUGCUUGGCAAGGCUCUUGGCGUCCUGCCCCUCUACCCUGCCCUAACUGGGCAGGAGCCUGGCAGCCUCUCCCCCCUGCCUCCCCCCAUCUUGCCUGGCACCCCUCUGCCCGACGGCAGGCCCCAGUCCAGCACCCCGACAGGUAACCUCAUCAUCAGCGCCCUCCUGGAGUGUGUUACACAGUGACCAGCUCCCUGUGUGUUAAAUCACUCCCACCUCAUCAAUGUCAACAGAAUGGAAAUGGUGCCAUGCCUUUGAUGCCAUUGAUGUCUGAUCCUCUAAAUCAUAUGGUCCUUGGUGGCCCUUUGUGAAUGGAGUCUUUGCAUCUUUUUCUUGACCUCUUUGAGAUUCAUCGGUUCAUUUAUCCUUUUGUUGGUUUAGAGGAAGUCUAUGGGUCUUCUUAUUCUGGUUGUGAUGGUUGAGGUGCAGACUAGUGAUGUGAUACUGCUUUGUUGUUGAUUUGUGAAGUUAUGAUUUGAUUUUGAAUUCAGGUAUAUUUUUUACGAUAUUUUGGCCUUUUGGAGGAUUUUUACUUGCUUUACGCAAUGUCCUCUGGAAGAUGCAUUGUGUAGUGAAAUGUCUAUAGGUUGCAUUCUGCCCUGCAACCAAGCAUAUCCUAGGAUGUACUGAAGGAGAUUACCAAUGAGUAAAGAUGGCGCUUCUCACUGCCACCCACUACAGAGGCAUCCUGCUUUUGCUUUUGACAGAAUCUCAGCAGUCAGCAUGGCUUAACAGAGCUGGCCUAAUCUCUAUUUUGUAGUUCCUUGAGGAAGAUUUUUCCCCCUAUGGAUGAAAAGCACACAUAUGAGCAUUAAAGGAAAGAUUCACCCAUUUUGAAUGUAAUAUUGUUUUUGAGCAUCUCUGAGCGAUGUUCUAUUGAUUCCCGGGGUAAUUUCAUGUUUUCAUGUCUAUCUGAGCUAUUCGCCGUUCAAGCAGGCAGAAAUACAGCCGGAAUGUUUAAAACUCGUCUGCCUGCUUGAACGGCAAUAGCUCAGAUACACAUGAAAACAUGAAAUGAACCUGGGAAUCGAUAAAACAUCACUCAGAAUGGGUGAAUCUUUCCUUUAAAAUACGCCUCAUCAUCAGGAGAUGAUAUGUUAAUCCCUCUGCCUCUAUGAAGGUGUAAUAUUUCUGCGGUGGCUGUCUGAGGAAUGGAACAGUCAGCGCAAGCUCAACUCUUUCUCACCCGCAGUGACGUCUGUCCUGUAGCUCGUAUAAAGAGAAUAUAUACACUGAACAAAAAUAUAUAAACUCAACAUGUAAAGUUUUGGUCCCAUGUUUCAUGAGCUGAAAUAAAAAAUCCCAGACAUUUUCCAUAUGCACAAAAAGCUUAUUUCUCUUAAAUUUUGUGCUCAAAUUUAUUUACAUCCCUGUUAGUGAGCAUUUCUCUUUUGCCAAGAUAAUCCAUCCACCUGACAGGUGUGGCAUAUCAAAAAGCUGAUUAAACAACAUGAUAAUUAAACAGGUGCACCUUGUGCUGGGGACAAUAAAAGCACACUUUAAAAUGUGCAGUUUUGUCACACAACACAAUGCCACAGAUGUGUCAAGUUUUGAGGGAGCGUGCAAUUGGCAUGCUGACUGCAGGAAUGUCCACAAGAGCUAUUGCCAGAGAAUUGAAUGUUCAUUUCUCUACCAUAAGCUGCCUCCAGUGUCGUUUUAGAGAAUUUGGCAGUACGUCCAACCGGCCUCACAACCGAAGACCACGGGUAACCACGCCAGCCCAGGACCUCCACAUCUGGCUUCUUCACCUGCGGGAUCGUCUGAGGGGGGAGGAGUAUUUUUGUCUGUAAUAAAGCCAUUUUGUGGGGAAAAACUCAUUCUGAUUGGCUGGGCCUGGCUCCCCAGUGGGUGGGCCUGGCUGCCAAGUGGGUGGGCCUAUGCCCUCCCAGCCCCACCCAUGGCUGCAUCCCUGCCCAGUCAUGUGAAAUCCAUAGAUUAGGGCCUAAUGCAUUUAUUUCAAUUGACUGAUUUCCUUAUAACUGUAACACAGUAAAAUCUUUCAAAUUGUUGCAUGUUGCAUUUAUAUUUUUGUUCAGUAUAGAUACAUUUGCGUAUCCUUUGGGUAUAAUGAAAAAUGCUGUGUUUGCUUUUUUGCAGAGUAAGCAUGCGAUCACAGAUGAGCUAGCAACCUUUAAUGCAUCCUAAAGCUAACUGUAGGCUACCCCAGAGACCAAUACUGUGUCAAUAAUUAUUUAGGAAAAAAUACAAAUGUUUUCUUAUUUGAGAAUGACCAAAUGCUUUAUGUGGGGUGUUUAUUUAUAUUUGCACCUAUCUUAUUUCAUAUUUCUAUGUUGUGGAUUAUGAUAUUCUCCCCCUGCUAUUGUAUGGGCCUCACAUUUUGUAGGUUGAAAUUAGCAAUACUUAGUGAGUGUUAUUAUUGUCCUUUACCUUGACUUGAAGGGCCAUCAAGAGACCAUAUACAUAGUUUCCCCAGACCUAUAUUAGCUUCUGACUGAAAGAUAAACCUAACCACUGUGACCUUUCGAGGUUUAUAUCUGGGAGGGCUCAGAGUGCUGUGGGACUAAUGAACAAGCUGCUAAUCAGAAUGGAGCAUGUGUUUGUUGAGCUCUCUGUCACUGGACAUUCCCCACUCAUCAGACCUUCAUCUAGAAUAGAUCAAUGGUCCAGUCCAGAGUGAUGUUCAUAUGAUCAAUCAUUAAGCAAACAGAUUGCAUUAUGUUACUGUAUAAACCCAUUGAUAUGCCCUCACAUGGUUGAAACUAUCUCUUAUUAGGUGUUAGCACUGUAGUGUUGUGUACUGGAAACCCCCUCUGAAUCUGUUUCCCUCCCUCCCUCCCUCUCUCUCCUCACCCUCCUCGCCCCACUCCCUGCCCUGGACAGGUCUGGAGUCAUUGCGUGACAGUGCCCACUCUACACCUGUGCGCUCUGUGUCCCAUGGGGACUCCUUCAUGCCACGCUCCCGCAGCCUGGCCACAGAUGCCAGCGAGGGCUCGGCGGUGAUCUCUGACGAGGCCUACAGCCCCUCUGACAGCGUGCUGCCCACCCCUGUGGCAGAGCACAGCCUGGAGCUGGCCAUGGCACGCCAGGUCAACGGAGCCCCCUGCAGCAUCAAGGAGGAGAAGGAGUCGGAGCCAGGCACCCCCUCGGUGGGGGAUGCAGGCGACUUGUCAGACAGUAGAGUGGCGGUAAAGGGUGCAGAGAGAGCCUCGUUGCUUAGCGAAGUGGAACAGGUGAAUACGUUUGUUUUAAGUGUCCUCCGUUUGCUCCUUGUGACCAUUGGACUCCUCUUUGUCUUGCUCCUCCUCCUCAUCAUCCUCACUGAAUCCGACCUUGACGUUGCAUUUUUUCGUGAUAUCCGCCAGACCCCCGAAUUUGAGCAGUUCCAUUACGAAUACUUUUGUCCCCUCAGGCGGUGGUUUGCCUGCAAGCUCCGCUGGUUGGGCAGUUUGCUCAUUAACAAAUGA